AGAGAAAACAGCCCAGCUGACUUUGCUCGCAGCCAUGGAGCCAGCGCUGAAGACCAGUGGCAAGGCCACGCGUUGCUUCGAGCCCAGCGACAGCUUCCGGGGCGCGAGGGCUGGCUGGGCCUUCAAGCUGGGCGACCGAGGUCUCGGGUACUACCUUGACAACUGCGAGGAGAAGCUGGAGUCCAUCUUCCAAAGCACGAAGCUGGACACCGCGCUCCUUUUCGAGAUGGCCGAGCGUGGGAAGUUCCAGCGCCUCGGCAAGAUGCUGGAGGACCUCCCGCACUUCUGGCAGGCCUCCGAGGCAGAUGGCACGUCGCUGCUGCACUGGGCGGCGAUGCGGGACGAUGCGUCCUUCGUGGCCCUGGCGCUGAAGAACUUGGCGGUGGACCUCCCCGGCCCGCAGCAGCAGACGCCACUGAUGUGGGCCACUGCAGCUGGAUCCCUGGCGUCUCGGAUGGAUCCACUCGCUGCGGCUCAUGUGCUGAUCGCCUCUGGCGCUGACAUCCACGCGAGAGAUGAGCAAGGUGCCACACCGCUGCUGCACGCAGUGCAGCACGAGCAACGGACGGCCAUGCUGCGGGUGCUUGCAGCUGCUAAGGAGGAGGAGGUCAAGAAGCUAGUGGCGGCAACUGACGUCAAGGGACGCAAUGCCGCGCACUGGGCCGCCUUUCUCGGGGACACCUCGUCAUUGAAGCUGCUCAGCCACUUCGGUACCAACCUCUUGCACCUGGAUGAGAGGAGGAAUACGGCCCUGCACCAGGCGGUGCUGGGCCAGCAACCAGAUAUCUUGGAGUACCUCAUGGACAGGGGCGUUGACCCGGAGUUGCACAACGCAGAUGGCGCCAGCUGCGUAGACCUGGCCCGGGAUGGCGGUCACAAAGCCACCAUCAGUGCUCUGGAGCGGCUCCUGAAGCCCAAAGGCAUCGAUGUCCACGAGCUCGCGGAAACGGGCGCCGCUGCCUUCAAAAGGGCGGAGAAGUUGGGCGUCAACGCCAAGGACCCUGUUCAGCUGCUGAAGCAGUACGGAGCCGGUCUCUUCUGGCUCAGCUGCGUGUCCAUCACGGUCUUGGAGUACCUGCUGGACUCCCGGGACGUCGCCUACGAGCUGGCGCCGCAGCUGGCCCUCGGCUUCGAGCUCGGGACCUUGGGGUGCCUCUUGCUUUGGCUCUUCAUCGCCACGGGCAACCCUGGCAAGUUGGAGCCGGCACCUGCGGGCCGCACCCCGGGGCUGGAGGCUUACCUAGGCUUGUUGCGCUCUGGCCAAGUGGUGGAGGCCUCUCGCUUGUGUACCACCACCUGGCUGCUGAAGGACCUCCGCACCAAGUACGAUACCAUGUCAGGCGGCUGCAUACAGGAGUUCGAUCAUUUCUGCAACUUCACUGGCUGCGCGAUCGGUCGCUUCAACCACCGGCAGUUCAUCCUCUUGAACUCUUUGGAGCCGCUGACGCAGCUGUCGUAUUUGGGCAUUUGUGUCCUCGUGGCCUACCGGCCGGUCGGAAUGCCGCAGGACUUCUCAGAGCUUCUAUGGCUGCCUGUGAACAUGGCAAUGCACAUGCCCACGGCGGCCCUGCAGUAUCCCUUCAUGGCGCUGGUGAGCAUCUUGAACGUGGUGACAACACCAGCCGUGCUGUACUUAUUGCUUUCGCAGAUCAUGAUGAUUAGCAUCAACUGGACGGUGAACGAGCACAUCAAUAUGGAGCGCUACAGCCAUUUUUGGGUCUUCGAUUCCUUCGGCAACAGGUCAGCCGCGAGCCCUUUCAACAAGGGCAGCACUUGGGCGAAUUGGAUGGACUUCUGCGUGCACCGGCGCCGCAGAGAGCUGGGGCCCGGCUGCCCGGCGAAGAUCCGCGACCUGGCGCUGGCGCUGCGCAAGGCAGGCGCCCAGUAGGCGCCCAGUAGGCGUUUCCGAGAGCAUCGCUGCGAUUGACUCGCUCGCGUUUCACCCACGAGCGCCUUAGACGGACGGCUUUGGCACAUGGUCAAGGUUUGUGGUGUGA